ACCCGGCAGGCAGAAAGGGGUUGCUUCCUAUCUGAGGAGGCUGUUCUUGAAAAGGUGGGCAGAACCCUGACACUGUGAAAAAGUGGGCUUGCUUUCUUUGGGGUGGGGCUGUAGUCCCAGCUACAUCAGUUCAGGGCAUAUAUAUAUAACAGCUGCAAACUUGAUCUCAGCCUGCGUGUCUGUACAUUACUGUGUCUGUUUGUCAGUCUGCCUACCUCCUUCACUGUACCUGUCUGUAGGAACAAGUUUCAGAAUGUUGGUCAGCAUCUUCCUCCAGUCCUCGCUCCUCUUCUGGCUAACUAGGUGUACCCUGCAAGGAGGAGUGAAACAUCCAAGAGCAGGUUAUCUACCUAGCUAUGGAAGAGGAGUGAAACAUCCAAGAGCAGGUUAUCUACCUAGCUAUGGAAGAGUGCCGCCCGCAGGCCUGAAGGCUGGAGGUCUGCCCCUGGGAAUUCAGGCUCACGCAGGCAAUGGAGUGAAACCAGGGAAAUUCCCACGAUAUGGUGCUCGUGGUCUUCAGCGAGGACUUGGAGUCCCUAAUGUAUAUGGAAUUGGUGCUGGUGCCAAGCCUGGCAAACUAGGUCUGGGUGCCCUUGGUGCAGGAUACGGUGUUCCAGGUGCUGGGCUGGGAAUUCCCAAUGCUGGCCUAGGUGUCCCUGGUGCUGGACUUGGCCUUCCUGAUGCUGGACUUGGUUUCCCUGGUGCUGGACUGGGUUAUGCUGGUAAGCAGAAACCUGGCUAUGGAGGCCUUCCCCUCAAAGGACUUGAUGCUGGUGGCAAACUUCAGAAACCAGGUUAUGGUGCUGGCCUUGGUGCUGGCCUUGGAGUUGGUGCUGGGACUGGUCUUGGAGCUGGUCUUGGAGCUGGUCUUGGGGCUGGUGUAGGAGCUGGCCUUGGUGCUGGACUUGGGGCAGAUGCAGCACUCGGUACAGGAGACUAUAAUGGAGCAGGCUUACAGCAAGGUUAUGAAAAUGGUAUAGGGGGGUACCCAAGUGCUGCACUCCAACAAGGUUAUGGAAACGGACUCGGCCUCCAGGCUGGUAUUGGAGUGAAACCAGGCAAACCAGGUGCUGGUGUUCUUGGAGUUCCAUCCGCUGGAAAAGUAAAACCAUCAGGUUAUGGGCAGGGCCUGGGUCUUGGUCUUGGACAAGGUUUGGGUGCUCUCCCUGGCCUUGGAAUCCAGCCCGGAUAUGGAAAUGGUCUGAGUUCCCCCAGUGUGCUUGCUGACAAUGGUGCAUUAUCUGGGAAAGGUACAGGUGCCCUUGGCCAGUAUGGUGCUCAGGCUGGACUUCCCGCUGGUAUCGGAGCUGAAGCAGCCAAGUAUGCAGGUGUUGGAGGCCUCCCCUACGCUGGUCAAGCUGCUUUUACUGGAGGACUUGGAGCUGAUCUGUCUGCUGGGAACUACGGUGCUGCUCAAUCUCCUUACGGCAUCCAGGCUGGGAUACCAGGUGGUCUUGAGUUUGACCCAUCAGCAGCAAAAUAUGAUGCAGCAGGAGAACUUCCAUUUGGAGGGCAACCAUUAGUUCCAGCAGGCCUAGAUGGUAAGGAUGCUGAAACUGAAUACCUCGGGGAAGGAGUACAGCCAUUGCUUCCAGACGGUGGAUAUGGCCAGCUUGGAGCAGGAAAAAUUGGUGGUCAGUACGGAGGCAAGGAUGCUAAAUAUGGACUGAAUGGUUUCCUUGGAAAUGGGUACAGAGCUGGCUGUCAGGAUGGAAAGUGUUAAGAAACAUAACACUGAAACAUGAAGGACAUGAAAGUCAUCUGGGUCACUGGUGCUUCUGCAGAUCAUUGUCAUAAAUUAAGAUUUCUACCCUCUGGUUGUUUGUCACAUUGUUGGUGUUUUUAGUGUAUUCGUUUUGUAAAAAAAAAAAAAAAAAAAAAACAGAGAAACAUGUGCCAUCUCUGUUACUAAACCUUACUGGCUGAAGUCAGAAUAACUCUCUACUGAUGUUUAUUUGGCCUGUUUGAGUGUUGGAGUCUGUUUUUAACCAUGUCAAUAAUUUUCCUGGAAUUAGAAACAUCAUAAAACUGUGAACCAAUGCCAUUAUUUGUAAAAUACUAAGGAUAUUCUAUGUUUUUCAGUGUAUAAAUGGUUUCUAACAGAAGAAAAGGAUGUCCUGUUUAAAUAUUAACCCCGUGUGUUGUCAUUCUUAAUCUCAGCAUCAUUUUUGCAGAAUAAAUAAAUUUGUGCCAGUUCGGGCAAGGAAUACAGACAGAAAUGGAAUUAGGGAAAAUCCCUGUACCUAGACUGAACUGUUACAUUAGUUUCUUUUUGUUCUUUGCAUCAAUUCAAGUGAAACAUACAGAACUCCAACAAGUGUGCUUCAAUCAUCUGUCCUUGAAUUUAACCUGCCAAUAAAAACAAGCCAGUACGAUC